AUGAGCAUGAUUGGAGACCUGAAUUACUUUCUUGGGUUACAAGUUAAACAAUGCCCUGAUGGAAUUUUCAUCAAUCAGGCAAAAUACACGAAAGAUUUAAUCCGAAAGUUUGGAAUCAAGGGAAAGGCACCUGUCAAAAUUCCAAUUAACACAUCUUUGAAUAUGGAAAUUGACAAUGAAGGAAAAGAUGUGGAUCAAAAAAAAUAUAGAGGGAUCAUUGGAUCACUCUUAUACCUUACAGCGAGUAGUCCUGACAUUUCUUCCGCUGUUGGGGUAUGUGCAAGAUUUCAAGACAAACCGAAAGAAAUCCACCUAAGAGCAGCGAAAAAGAUCCUAAGAUACCUCAAGGGAACCCAAAGUGUUGGUCUUUGGUACCCGAAAGGAGGAACCUUUGAUCUAAUUGGUUAUUCAGACGCAGAUUUUGCUGGGUGUAUAAUUGACCGAAAGAGUACCUCUGGAACCUGCCAGUUCCUAGCGGGAAGACUCGUGUCAUGGUUUAGUAAGAAAAAAAAUUCUAUUGCUACCAAUACUGUUGAAGCUGAGUACAUAGCAGCUGAAAGUUGUUGUGCACAAAUACUAUGGAUGAUGCAACAACUGAAAGAUUAUGGAAUUGUGGCACGAGAAGUUCGAAUCAACUGUAUGAGUCAAGGGAAAAGAAAGGAGAAGAUGGAUGAAGAGUCCGAAAGGCGUGCUGCUCGAAGGGAGCAAUACUAG